AUGGGCUGUGCUCCUUCACAUAAUGGGAUCAUUCAAACCCUUGCAAAAAAUGCAGCUAACCCAUUAAAGAAAAACAAAGCACUUCUUCCUCCUGACAAUGGUCAUAAUGGAAUUACAGUCCCUCUAUCGGACAACAAAAAUGAAGAAAUCAAGCAGAAAGAAGAAUUGGAAAAAGGAGAUCGCCAGUUGGAGAAAAGUGAUCCCAGUAGCUUUACUGGACCUCAUUAUGGAUCUUUUUCCGAUGAUCAAGGAAAAUACGACAAACUCAACACUGCUGAUGAAGGAAUGGUUAAUUUAACAUACCAAAAGAGGAGAACUAUAAGAAAACAUAGCUCGACUGGUUCAGAGCUAGAGAUAACCGGCACAGUGCAACUAGAUGGAAAUCCAAGAAAAAAUAGAAAGUCAAAAAGCCAACGGCUUGGUAAACACAGUCGACGUGCGAAAACAAACCAAGCAGUUUUACUUGACAUAGAAAAAAAGGUUGAUUUCCCUGAAGAGCUUGUUAAGGCUCACCAAGAUGCGUAUGCAUUCCUGAACCCUAAUCUUUCAAAAUAUGAAUCUGUCAUUUCUAUGGCAAACCAAGCAGCCCAGACUCAUCUUAUCAUGCAGCAAAUGAUUAGCUUCAUGGCCCUGAGAUUUGAUGAUAUCAAUCAAUGCUUGGAAGAAAUUGCCGAAGAUGGAGAAAAACUUUUAAAAGCUGUAGGGAGCAACCUCACUUGGCCUUUUGGAAAAGGAGAUCCUGCUGAACAACCAGAUUUACUGCAGCAGUUGUUGCAGUAUACAAUUAAUAAAAUGCAAUCCUUAAAUGGUACGGUGUCCUCUGUGACCACCAGUGCCUUGCAAGAUACCUACAGUUUAUUGCAGUCAGCUGUUAGCAAAUUUCAGGAAAAGCUGAAACAUAAGGAGCACUGUGAUGAGAGACUCCUCAAGAUGAUCAAAUCUUUGGAGGAUUCUGCAGCAGGAUCUACACAGCACCAUCCAAAUGAUACAGCUCUUUAUUCUGAAGAUAGUGGAAUUGGCGGUGAUUCAGAAUCUAUGAGAGGAUAUAGAUCCCCAGAGAAGAUGGAAAGAAAGUCUAGUAUUGACUCAUCAGGUCAAGUAAGUUUGACGAGUGAAGUUGUAAGAACACGCAAAAUGUCAACCAAUAAAGACAAGAUGUUUGACCUAAAUCAGAAGUGUACAUCUGCCCAAAAAGAAAAAAAACAUUCAUCUGGGGCACAGGAAAACUAUUCACAUGUUUCAAAACAAAUGUGUAUGUCAAGCAGCCCUUCAAUGAGCUCACUAGGGACCACUGCCACUUUGGGAGAAGAUAUUGAUCCAGAAUCAGAAGAAUCAACUAGUAGUGAUGAGACUUGUGAUGAAAGUGAAGAUAAUAAAAGCUUAGCAAGUCAAAUCACCUUAACACAGAGACCUAUGACCUCUCCAGCAGGUAUGGGUCCUUAUAAACAUGCAUCCAAAUGGUUGGAGAACCCGGAGAAUGAGGAGAUGACAUUAAAAAUGAAAGAAGCCAUCAGUGAAAAGAUUAAGUUUGUUCCUGGCAAAUCAAUAAGUAAUGUGUGGACUAGAGAAGAAAUUAAUUCUGACUUUGUGAGGCCUAGGACUGCAGAUGGGAGCAACAGAAGAACCUCUAGUCAGAGAAGGUGUCGAUCUGCAGAAUCACUUAGAAGUCAAUCUGAGGAUCCUACACUGCUAGAACUUCAAAGGACACAGAAAGAGCUUAGCAAAAAGUUGGAACAACUGUACUCCUUAACAAAAACCACAGACGUAAUGCAGAAUCCAGUGAAGUCAUUUUCGCACUCUGGUAACAUAACAUCUAGUAAUAAUUUAUCAACCUACAAACUGAAGGCCUGUCUUGCUAAAAGUUUUAAUAUAUUGCCUAGUCAGGAAAGAGUUGCCAUAAGAAAGACUGAUAUGAGUAUGGCAAGGGUCGCAAAUGGCAACCCAACAACUAAAGCAUUAGAAACAUCACUAUAUCUGCAAGAUGCCAAUGCAGAAGAAAAGUUUCUUGUGGAAGAGCGAACACUGGACAGCAUAUUUGCAUCUCCACGGCAGUCUGUUCGGAAACUUAUCCAAACAUUUAGCCCAGUGGAUGACACCAGAAAAACCACAAAUGUGAAAACCCUGGGACCCCUCAGAUGUGUUAGAAAAUUUGGAAUUCCUGUUCUUCCUCCAACAAUUCCAGGUUAUAGAGGAUUACAACUUUUGGAUGACAAAAUAAUAGAAAAUGCUCCAAGUGGAUUUACUACAACUAUGCUUACUACUGAUUUAUCUUCAAAACCUUAUGAUGUGGCCAGAGCUGAUGCAAAUGAAUCUGUAAAUUAUGAUUUUGAGAACCUCCCACCUCCUCCCCUUGAAAUACUUAUGGAUGAUUCAUUCAACUUGCUCUCAGCUAAUGAUCAAGAAAAAGACACCAGCUUUACUUGCACAAUGAAGCCAACCAUGUCUCAAAAAAUGAAGGCCUCAAUAAAUAUAAAGAAUGUGUUACCAAGCAAAAAUACUACUGAUAUCUACAUGUCCAAAGACAGGGCAUGUAGGAAAGAAGAUCUAGUUAAUAAUGAACUUAGAAAAUGUUCUUUACAAACUGAUCGUCUUUCUAUUCAUAAGGAAUUAUGUACAGACCUUCAGAAAAAGCAUGAAAUAGAACAGGCUGCUAACUUGUAUAAGCAGUCACAUAAAAUAAUCCAUUUACAGAAUCCAAGUGAUGUUGAAGUAGUGAGAACUGACAAACAUAACAGAGAGCUGUGUUCUGUUGCAUCCAUGGUUAAACCAAAACAAUGUUCCCCUACAGUACAGAGAAAUGAGAUCUUAAGAAAACUUUCUCCUACAAGACCUGCAGCUUCAUCUCCACCAACUGAUAGAAAACUAGCAAGUCCACCAACCAUCAAGGCUAUACAAAAAACUCACUACCAUGUACAACAACCCUCUUCUUUAGUCCUGAAAACAUCUAACACAAGUACUCCAAGAGAAUCAAGUUUUCCUAAUGAGAUGAUACUAGCUAGCCCCCCUUCACAAAGAAAGCUCCCUAGUCCCCCAUCCCAACAAAAGUCAUCAAGUCCUCCUCAAGUAGGAAGACAACAGAGCCCACCAGACCAACGUAGACUUCCAAGUCCUCCUCAAAUACGAAGGCAACAGAGUCCACCAAGCCAACAUAGGCAACCAAGUCCUCCUCAAAUACGAAGACAACAGAGUCCACCAAGUCAGCAUAGACAGCCAAGUCCUCCUCAAAUACGAAGACAACAGAGUCCACCAAGUCAGCAUAGACAGCCAAGUCCCCCUCAAAUUCGAAGACAACAGAGUCCACCAAGCCAACAUAGGCAACAAAGUCCACCUCAGAUACGAAGACAACAGAGUCCAACAAAUCAGCAUAGACAGUCAAGUCCCCCUCAACUUCGAAGACAACAGAGUCCACCAAGCCAAUAUAGGCAACCAAGUCCCCCUCAAAUACAAAAACAGCCAAGUCCACCAAGCCAACGUAAGCUACCAAGUACACCUGAAAUAUUAAGUCAACAAAGCCCACCAAGUCAACGGAGGCUACCAAGUCCUCCACAAACUCGUUGUGAGCCUAGCCCGCCUUCUUAUUCUACACCAUCCCCUCCAGUUUCUCCAUCCCAUACAGGAUUAAGGCACAGUUCUGAGGACCAACAAUCUUCUUCAAAAAUGAUUGGUAAUGCACAGUCAAUAUUUUGCCCAUCGUCUUCUUCAUUAUUUGAAGCCAAGCCUCCAUCACCACCAGCCACGAGUAGGGCAGAAACUGUUUUGAACCAAGUUCAGACUCCUGUUCUGAGGCACACUUUCUCUAUUCGUCAAUAUGAUGACCAGCACCGAAGAGUUGCAAUGAGUGCAGCUAACCCUCAACCUUUUGUCCGGAGGUCUUAUUCUGACCGGAGACCAAGAGUUCAGCUACGUCUUCCAACAUCCAUCUCUGCUAACGCCGUCAGUGAUUUGGCUCUUCAGCAAACCAGGUAG